AUGAGCCCUCGCAGCAACGCCUCCGUCAAGGCCAGCAUCUGGACGGCUCGCUUCAUCCCGGCAUUCUUGGUCGCCAUCGUGGUCUACUCCAGUUGGGCAGUCGUCGAUCCUCUCAGCAUCAACUAUCUUAUCAAUCCUCCGCGAGACGACAUCCCUAGACGGAUAUCAGCUGGCAUUGCGAUACCCAUUGUUUAUUUUGUACUUCUUAUUCCAGUGGCAGCCACAUGGCUACGGUUACUCCUGGUGGUCUUGAGAGACCCAGGCUAUAUCCCACGAGGCCCGGAGGAAGAACGCCGGCUCAGUGAGCCUGCGCCUGGCAUUGAGCAAUUCUGGACCCGAGAUGUCUUCGUUUGCGAUCCGAAUGGCAUGCCGAUAUACUGUGAGUACUGCAAGAACUGGAAGCCGGACCGGACCCACCACAGCCAGGAUGUGGCACGAUGUACCAGGAAGAUGGACCACUUCUGUCCGUGGGUUGGGGGUGUGGUUGGGGAACGAGGCUUCAAGUUCUUCGUCCAGUUCCUGUUCUAUACGAUGAUCUUGACGUGCUACCUGACGGUUGUGUUCGGGUACUUCAUUUCCAAGUACUCGCAUUCCGUGCACUUCUUCGUGGUACUGGCCCUUGCUGGGUUCUUCCUUCUUUUCACGACGGGAAUGGUUAUCAACAGUCUGCAUAUGGUGUUCCAGAACACAACCACCAUCGAAGGGGUCAGCAGGAGGUUGUAUCUGGCGGUCAUAUUGCCCCCAGAACUACAAAAGGAUCCUCUAGCGCCUCCACCACCAGCCAAGCUCUCUCCAGGAGACGACAAUGACAGCGAGCGGCCACUCACUUCCGAGCUCGAUGACCCAUCGCACGUCAACUACUUUACUCGUCAACCGCGUCCACCAAAACGACCACAGCCACCAAGCUCUCAUUCUCCGGCGAGGUCUAAAAUCUGGAAGGCCACAAUCACUUAUCCACUGCACCUCCCCAUUGAUCGCCCUCCACUUCCAGCUCCAGAGCGACGGACUUUUGCUAUUCUUCAUACACCACCUGGCCUGAACCCAUGGAAUCUGGGCAGCGGCUAUCGAAACUUUACGGCGGUCUUCGGGUACAAAGUGCACGAGUGGCUGAUCCCCUUGAAGAUGUCACCAUGUUGCGAUCAUUCGUCGAGAGUUUCAGAAUUUCCACUUGGGCCUGAAUUCGAGCUUUUGCUUGUCGACGCUGGUUUGAUAAGGCCGGAGAGUUCUGAUGGAAAAGAUCGUCGAUCAAGUUCUGCGCCCAGUCGAAGACGGAGAAGGAGACUGGAGCCUGGCUGGCAGAACGGAGAGCGUCCGGAUGGGUGGGUCAGUGAGAAGGAAGCGAGGCGGAUACGGAACGAAUGGCGGCGGCGGACGAAGAUGGAGAAGCAGGUUGAUGUUUAUUGA